GUUGCGACACAUUUUGACCCGAGGCUUCACCGUGUCCCUCCUUCCUUUUCUCCUACUACCUGACGAAGAUUUAUCGAGAACAGUUGAAACCAUCCCUAUGAUAUGUCCCUUCAUCUCUCGUUCACUUCGUCCCUCUCCUCUGCGUUGGCCUGGUGACAAAUCGACAACUGCAUCCUCAUGUACUCCUACAAUCUUAAUGUGGGAUGUUUACAUAAGCGAAGCUGCAGUACAAGUAGUUCUUGGAUUGUAAAAGUUUGAAGCUUUCCCCCCCUGAGCAGCUCUGCCUUUCUCCUUACACCUAUGUGGUUCUUCGUCAUCACACGUUCUGCUCUGUUCUAUCCAAAAUCCCCUGUCCUUGUCCCCCUCGAAUAACAAAAGCGAGCCAGCCGGCCACUAGAAGAACAAAUCCCCGUUGCCCACCGCCUCCAAUCUCUCCAUCAUCCGUUUCGCGUCGGCUUCCUCCUCCUCCUACCACCCAAGAGAACCAAUUCACACCUGCGCGCGCGUUCGUGCAUGUUCGCGGCUGAUAGCGACAGCUAGCUAGCGUCGUCUUCCAUGGCGGCGGCGAGCUAUCAUUGGCUGGCCGUCAUGGCCGCUCUGGUGGUGGCGUUGGUCGCCGGGCUGCCGGCGGCGGGAGCGCUCGGGGUGAACUGGGGCACGAUGGCGACGCACAGGCUGCCGUCGGGCACCGUGGUGCGGAUGCUGCAGGACAACGGCAUCAGGAAGGUGAAGCUGUUCGACGCCGACCCCGGGCCGAUGGACGCGCUCGCCGGCAGCGGCAUCGAGGUGAUGGUGGGCAUCCCCAACAACAUGCUGGACAUGAUGACCGACUACGGCACGGCCAGGGACUGGGUGCACGAGAACGUCAGCCGCUACAACUUCGACGGCGGCGUGACCAUCAAAUACGUAGCCGUUGGGAAUGAGCCCUUCCUGUCGGCUUUCAACGGCACGUUCCUGAACGUGACGUUGCCCGCCCUGCAGAACAUCCAGCGCGCGCUCGACGACGCCGGCCUCGGCGAGAGCAUAAAGGCCACCGUCCCGCUGAACGCCGACGUGUACAACUCCCCGGUGAGCAACCCCGUCCCGUCCGCCGGCCGGUUCCGGUCGGACAUCGCCGACCUCAUGACGGAGAUCGUGCAGUUCCUCAACCAGAGCGGCGCGCCCUUCACCGUCAACAUCUACCCGUUCCUGAGCCUCUACGGCAGCGACGGCUUCCCGCUCGACUACGCCUUCUUCGAUGGCACGAGCAGCCCCGUCGUGGACGCCGGCAGCGGCAUCACGUACACCAACGUGUUCGACGCCAACUUCGACACGCUCGUGUCCGCGCUAGCCGCGGCGGGAGCCGGCGGUCUCCCCGUCGUCGUCGGCGAGGUCGGCUGGCCGACCGACGGGGACACGCACGCCACCGCCGCGUACGCGCAGAAGUUCUACGCGGGCCUGCUGCGGAAGCUGGCGGCGAACGCCGGCACGCCGCUGCGGCCGAGCCAGUACAUCGAGGUGUACCUGUUCAGCCUCAUCGACGAGGACGCCAAGAGCGUGGCCCCGGGCAACUUCGAGCGCCACUGGGGCAUCGUGCGGUACGACGGCCAGCCGAAGUACCCGAUGGACCUGUCCGGCGGGCAGGGCGGGAACGCGGCGCCGGCGGCGCUCGUGGCGGCGCGCGGGGUCCAGUACCUGCCUCGGCAGUGGUGCGUGGCGAACCCCAACGCGCCGGACACGAGCAGGAUCAGCGACGGCGUCGCCUACGCGUGCAGCCUCUCCGACUGCACCGCGCUCGGCUACGGCUCGUCGUGCAACGGCUUGGACGCCGCCGGCAACGCGUCGUACGCGUUCAACAUGUACUUCCAGGUGCAGAACCAGGCGGAGGGCAGCUGCGACUUCCAGGGGCUCGCCGUGACGACGGCACAGAACCCGUCCACGGAUGCCUGCAACUUCACCAUACAGAUCGAGCCGUCGGCCGCGGGGAGACGGCGGCGCGCCCCGGUGGCGGCCGCUCUGCCGCUCCUCUUGGUUCUUCGGGCUGUCCUGCAGGUUGUUCUGUGACGUACUGGUGUGAAUUGUGAUGUUAACAAUUAGAGGAGGAGGGGUCUCUCCUGUAAAGAUUUUUGUUUGGUCUUGUAAAUAAUCCUGUGUUAACAUAUUAUUCUGAGGUGUAUAAUGUAAUGCCGGCCCUUUCCGUUCAAGGACGUAUAUACUUCCUCUCGUUUUGAUUUU